UGUGCACCUGCCCUGACAGCACGUGUUACAGCUGUGCGCCGAUUUGGUCGUCGUAAAUAGGCCGAUCUUGGGGCAGGUAGUUCAGACGGAAGGGACUCUCCUGGACGAGAGGAAUAGUCUCCGCAGUUCGGCCAGGUAGUUCCUUGGACGACGCUGAGCGAGAGAAUGAUACAUCAUCUACGAGCUGUCUUGAUCUACCGUUGAUCAACUCCACUCGUUUAUUUUUAAAAGCAGAUCUUUGCUUCUUGGAUAUCAAUCACGUGAUGUCGAGAUCUGUCCAUCAAAGCCGCUAGAUAAUUCCCCAUUCCUGUCCGACUAGAACACGGUCCAAUUUCCAUAAUAAAACGUCCGAAAGGGAAUCGUCCCUGGACGAGUCACGCUGUCACGUCAAGCCACCUGUAUUAUCAUAAUCCCCCCUGAACCCACCAAGACCUUCAAACCAGCAUGGACGUCAUCACCUACAAUCACCACGAGCUGUCCCACCCCAUCCCCACCGACGAAACUGAAGACGAUCUCGAGCAGGAUUACGAGGACGACGAGCAGGACGAGCUGCCAUUUCUCAACGACUCUAACCGAAUAAUUCCGGAUUCUGAAUCGAGCGAGGAGAACACCUGUGCCCUGCCACUCCGCAGAAGUCUAUUUCCAAAUGUGCCACCAUACAUAAUCUUUCAAUCGUACGACUCCGAGGGCCACAACCUCCCAAUUACCGUGACAAAGUACCUGAAGUGGAAGCUUAGUACAAUGACACCGCUGUUGGUCCGACGAACAGUCGUCAAUUCGGGAUUUCGUCUGGUGAAGAAGUCCCAGGACUGGAUAGGCACCUGGGGAAAGCACAUGAAGUCCAACUGCUUCAAGUCCCUGAGAGACAGCCAGAAGGUCAAUCACUUCCCAGGUACCUUUCACAUAGGCCGAAAGGACAGAUUAUGGAGGAACUUGAGUAGACUGAUAUCCAAGCACGGUAGAAAGGAGUUUGGCUUUGUCCCACGUACUUAUGUCCUCCCGCAGGACCUCCGCAACUUUCGUCAGGUGUGGGAGAAGACCGGGGGAAAGGAGAAGUGGAUCAUCAAGCCCCCAGCGUCGGCGAGGGGGACAGGCAUCAGGGUCGUCCACCGUUGGUCGCAGAUCCCCAAGAAACGUCCCAUCAUCGUCCAGCAGUAUCUGUCCAAACCGCUGCUAAUCGGUGGCGCCAAGUUUGAUCUUCGAUUGUACGUCCUCGUCACCAGCUUCAAUCCCCUCAGGGUCUACCUCUACCCCGACGGUCUCGUGAGAUUCGCCUCCGUCAAGUACACCGAUGACAUCAAUUACCUCAGCGAUCGACUCAUGCAUCUCACUAAUUACAGUAUUAAUAAGACUUCAGCUAGUUACACUAGUAACGAGUGCGCUGACUCCUGUGUCGGCCACAAGUGGACUAUCAAGACUUUCAUGACGUAUUUGGAGAAGGAGGGAAUCAACACGAAGAAGCUUUGGAAUUCGGUGAAGGAUAUUGUUGUGAAGACUAUGAUUGCUGGGGAGCCGCCGAUUAAUACUCUCACUAGGACUAAUACGACGACUAGGUACAGUUGUUUUGAACUUUUUGGCGUUGAUAUUCUGCUUGAUGAGAAUUUGAAGCCUUGGCUGCUGGAGGUCAACAUCUCGCCUUCAUUGCAGUCGUCCUCAGCUCUUGAUGUCGCUGUCAAGGGACCACUCGUGAAGAAUCUUUUCAACGUGGUGGGGUAUCAGCUGCCCCCCAAUCUAUCUCACAAAGAAGCAGCUACACUCGUCAAAACUUAUGAUUACGAGUCUGUGUGCCAGGAUGUCAGGCUUGACAGAAUGACGUUGAGCAAUCAGGAGAAGCAGAAGCAAGCUCUCUAUGUCAAUCUCGAUCGGGAAGAUUACAUCGAGGAUAUCCUGGAGGAUCUCACGCCGGAUGACGUGAGACAUCUCAUCGCUCAUGAGGACGAGGUAUCCCAGGCCGACAGGUUUGAGAGGGUUUUCCCCACCAACGAGAGCGCUGGAUACCUCGACUUCUUCGAUGUUCCCAGAUACUACAAUCUUUUACUCGACGCAUGGGAGGAGAAGUACGGAGACAACAGGGAGAAGGGCAUCGAAGUACUGAGGAAACUGUGUGACGAGAAAAUUCAUCUUGAAAAUACUGCCUAGAUUUUUUUUUUCUCAAUUACUCUGAUGGAGCGACGACUUUCGCAAGACUUGGGACUAAAUUGUGUUCAAAUUUUUAGAGAGUUAAGAUACUUCAUGAGGGAGGGGAUUUCCAGGCGGGGGGUUUUUUAUUUAUGCCGCUGAGAGUGCCUUCUAGGAUUAGUUGGAUUUGAUAUUGUAUGGAGCAUUGAUUAAUAAAUGACGAAUUUUUCACUCAA